GCGAGACUUCUUGUUUUGCAAACAGAAAAUAUGGAGAAAUGGCGGCCGAGAAAGACGAUUUUUCGAACGUAAAUCUAGUUUCGAAGAAAAGUUCAGCAGAAUUAAAUCAGCCUCAAACUGAAAAACCGUUACAUUAUACGUUGCAUCCUCAAACUGGUCUUAAAAUGAAGAGAUACUUGAAAGAGUUUCGUGUAGAACAGUGCUCACUUUUUUUACAGCACAAGUGUACUCAACAUCGUCCAUUUUCUUGUUUUUGCUGGCAUUUUCUUAACCAAAAGCGACGCAGACCACGUAAAAAAAAAGACGGCACAUUCACAUAUAGUCCAGAUGUUUAUUGUCAGCAAUAUAAUGAAACAACUGGUGAAUGUGUAAACGGUGACGAUUGUCCUUUUCUACAUCGUGUUGCUGGUGACGUAGAACGAAGAUAUCAUUUAAGAUAUUACAAAACUUCUCCUUGUGUUUACGAGACAGAUACUAGAGGUUAUUGUGUAAAAAACGGGCCUCACUGUGCUUUUGCACAUGGUCCUCACGAUUUAAGGCAGCCAGUUUAUGAUAUUAGAGAAUUACAGAUAAUGGAUCAAGAAGAAAAAGAAGAUAAUAGUAAGCAGAUUGUUCCAGAAGAUCCCAGAUGGAAUGAUACAAAUUAUGUUUUAUCUACUUAUAAAACUGAACCAUGUAAAAAACCACCAAGGUUGUGCCGCCAAGGCUAUGCAUGUCCACAGUAUCAUAAUAAUAGAGAUAGAAGGAGAAGCCCAAGAAAAUAUAAAUAUAGGUCAACUCCUUGCCCUAAUGUAAAACAUGCAGAUGAGUGGGGAGAUCCUUCUACUUGUGAGAAUGGCGACAGUUGUGCAUAUUGUCACACUCGCACUGAGCAGCAGUUUCAUCCUGAAAUUUAUAAGUCAACUAAGUGUAAUGAUAUGCAACAAACAGCACAAUGUCCUAGAGGACCUUUUUGUGCAUUUGCCCAUAUAGAACAAGAUCAAAUCAAUGCAAUGGAAGCUGCAAAAGGUUCUAUAUCUAUAAUAUUGGAUAAAGAGCUUAUGCAACAGAACCAACAGGCAGCUUACUCAAGUACACAAAACUCCCCUUUACCUUCUCCUGCUGGUUUACCAAAUAAUCGACCAAAGCGUUCAGCUUCUUUAUCUGGUCCAUAUGCCAAAAUUGUUGAGGGUACAAUUUCAAGUAUGCAUAACGUUGUCUUGAGUAGCAGUGCUCCAACAUAUGAAAAAGCACCAGGGUCAGGACGAAGAAGUAACAGUCGUGAUAGUGACCAAUGUCAGUCAUUUUUUGGUCCUACUAUGUCUCAAAGUUCACAGGGAUCGGAACCACGUACACCAUCUAAAGCCAUGUCAGCUGGCGCUCAAUCUUUUUAUCCUGAAGCUGCAUUUACUGACGAAACUGCUCUUGAUAAUGCACUUUUAGAUGCUAUCUCUAAUAUAGAUAAUACUUUUGAUUUUGAUUUUCCUGACAAUGCAUCUGUUGGAUCCUCAUUGGGUGGAGCUGGUAGUACUGGAGGUAUAGGUUUUAAUACUAGCAGUUUUUUAGAGCAAUUUUCGAAUGGGACAAAUCCUGUUUCAAUACCAGGGACAGAGAUGCAACACUCAUUUACUUCACAACAUUCUCAGUCUCCAACUUCUCCAAAUAUUAUUUCAGGAACAAACAACAGCUUUUAUUCAAACCAGACUGCUUCUCGUGCAAGUUACUUACGCAGUCCUAAAAACUCUCAACUAGGAAUAUAUGAAAUGCUUCAAUCUCCAAAGUUUAACUCUCCAUCUUUGGCCUCCCCCUUAGCCUUAAGUAAUAGUUUUGACAUUCAAAGGUCAUCUGAUGAAAUUAUUAGUUUACGUUCAAGACUUGCAUCAUGGGAAGAAUCAUGGAAUCAAGCAAAAAUAGCAUGUGAUGCAUGGAAAAGAGAAGCAUCAGAGCAAAGUGAUAAAGCUCAAUCAGCUGAGAGAGAAAAAAUGCAGAUCCUGAUAAAAUUAGGAGAGGCUGAAGCAGAAGUAAGAUACCUUAAACUAGAACUGGAAAGAAAAAAUGGUGGAUCAUGUAUUCAUCUUCUCAAGCAAAUUACAGAUUUAGAUAAUUUAUCAAUUUUAGAUUUGAAGCAAAUAUAUAAUCAGUUAAAAAAUGAUACUGAUAGACUUGAAAAGAUAAUAAGCAAGCGUGAAUCUAUGAAAUGUAUACUGUGCGAAGAAACACCUCGUUGUGUGGUGACAUAUCCAUGUACUCAUUGUGUAAUGUGUGGAACAUGCGCUGCUCAACAGGUUGAAUGUCCGUUUUGUAAUCAAGCUAUUUCACAAAAGACCACUAUAUUUAUCCCGGUGUGAUAGUAUCGUAAUUACUCAAUUUGAUCAUCCAAUGUGAUAUGGAUGUUUAGGAAUCUUUUUAAAUUUAUUAAAUUAAUAAUGGUGGCCAAAAUAGUCUUA